AUGCAGUUCGUUUCGUGUUUACUCGUCCUGAUGGCUGUGGCAAGUCCAUCCCUCACCACGGCCAAAACCGUCGUCAUUAGAUCCACCGCCGAUGCGCCAUUCUUUGAUCCAACCAACACCACCGCCGAUGUAGGAGAUAUUCUCGAAUUCCACUUCAAGGCCCAUAACCGAAGCAUAGUCAUGGGCGACUACGACAGACCAUGCGAGCCAGCUGCCACCGGAGGCUUUUACUCAGGCUUCUUCGUAGAAGACGACUCCAACAUAGAAAAUUCCACAGUCUUCCGCGUCACCGUGAACGACACGAACCCGAUCGUAUACUACUGCUCGCAGAACGGCGCCGACUUCGGGAACCACUGCAAAGACCAUGGCAUGGCGGGUGUAAUCAAUGAGCCGGACCUAUCCAAGCUUCAAGAUUAUAAGGAUGCAGCCGCCUUGGUAGAUACCAGUGUCACACCUGAUUCCGAGCCUUUUGGGGGUGUGUUUGCCGAGAACCCAGAUGCUGCUGCUACGAGCGGGACUGCAUCGGGGGCUUCGCCGAGUUCAACGUCGACAAGUGCCGCGGGUGAGGGCUUGCCUCGCAUAAAUAUGAUGUCUUCUUGGCUGUUGUUUACGGUCAUGGCUCUUGUUUUGGCUUUUUGA